AUGGUGUUCAAGAACAAGCUAUUUUUCUCAUCUUCAAAGAAGUCAGAAACGUCAAGUCCUGAUGGAUCCAACAACAGUCCAAGAUCAACCGGGUCAAAUUCACCGAUCCGAUCCGACAAGAAGAAGGCCACCAAAUCUAAAGAUUCAACACCCACCACUCCGACUAGUACUGGUAGUUCUAGUAAUUUUACUUGCAAGCAAACCCAUGUUAAAGAUGGGGUCAAAAAGAAAGACUCAUUUUUAAAAGGCAAAGAAACUGUGAACCAAACUCAAACUUCUACGAAACCAGGGAUUUCAAAUUCUGUGGCGGGUUUUAAAUCCAAGAAAGGUGGCGUCUUGGUUGAUAACAAGGAGAAAGAAGCAGAAAAAACGCCUGUUUCGCCGAUUUUAGCAUCAUCCCUGGGGUUGAAUAGGAUCAAAACAAGAUCAGGGCCAUUGCCACAAGAGAGUUUCUUUAGCUUUAGAGGUGAUAAAGGGAGUGGUGUAUUGGGGUCUAGUAAUUUGUCAAGGCGUGGUGGGGAUGGAGGGUCAGGUUCGAAUUCGAGUUCUUUAGGGUCAGGGAAGAAGAAGGAAGGGAUAUUGGGGCAGAGUAAGUUGAUGGGACUUCAAGAGAGUGUUAAUGGUGGUGAUAAUUGGGAUAGUACAUCUACUGGAUGUGGAGGAGGACAGUCCAGGGAGGUCAGUCCUAAUUUGCAGGCAAGGACCAGUUUGCAAAAUGGGGAGUCAUCUAGUGAAACUGGUCGACAUAAUUCAUCAUGGGGUCACUCUGGAGGCUUGCGAAGCUCAGAUGCUUUUACACCUGAGACUUAUGAUUGCGACAACCCAAAGGAGUCUGAAUCUCCCAGGUUUCAAGCAAUACUCCGCGUGACAAGUGCCCCUAGAAAGAGGUUUCCUUCUGAUAUCAAAAGUUUCUCCCAUGAAUUAAAUUCCAAAGGUGUACGACCUUUCCCAUUUUGGAAGCCUCGAGGGCUAAAUAACUUGGAGGAAAUUUUGGUUGUCAUACGGGCAAAAUUUGACAAAGCAAAGGAAGAAGUUAAUUCCGACCUGGCUAUCUUUGCAGCGGAUCUGGUUGGAAUUCUUGAAAAAAAUGCAGAUAUUCAUCCUGACUGGCAGGAAACUAUUGAAGACUUGUUGGUUUUGGCUCGGAGUUGUGCUAUGACAUCACCUGGAGAGUUUUGGCUUCAGUGUGAAGGUAUAGUCCAAGAAUUGGAUGAUAGACGCCAAGAACUUCCACCAGGAAUGCUGAAGCAGCUCCAUACCAGAAUGCUUUUCAUCCUUACAAGGUGUACCAGAUUAUUGCAAUUCCACAAAGAAAGUGGGCUGGCUGACGAUGAAAAUGUUUUCCAGCUUCGUCAAUCUAGGGUUUUGCAUUCUGCAGAUAAACGCAUUCCUCCAGGCGUUGGUAGGGAUGGGAAAAUUUCUAGUGCUGCAAAGAAGGCAGCUUCGGCAAAGAAAUCAUACAGUCAAGAGCAGAAAGCUGCGUCAGUGAAGAAAUCAUAUAGUCAAGAGCAGCGUGCUUGGAGCAGAGAACAAGAUAUACAACCAGGAAAAUUGCUCUCUCCUGCUGACAGCACUCGGAAGAUUAACGAAUCUCCUACAGGCAGGGAUCGGAUGUCUUCUUGGAAACCACUCCCAUCUCCUCCUGGAAAAAGCACAAAGGAAGUUGUUCCUUUAAAGGAGCAGAAUGACAAUAAGAAUGAGCCUUUGAAAUUGCCAAAUGACAGGAAAGGAGCUUUUGAUGGGCUUCUGGCUGCUGCUAAGGCUUCUGAGUUUCCACUGGUCAAAGAUUUGCAUGAACAUUCUACAAAGCACCAACACAAUGGUUCUUGGGGUAACUGGAAUGACCAGGACGAGAGUUCAAUAAUUUGUCGGAUUUGUGAGGAGGAAGUUCCAACUUUACAUGUAGAAGAACAUUCAAGAAUCUGUGCAAUUGCAGAUCGAUGUGAUCAGAAGGGUCUAAGUGUGAAUGAGCGCUUGGUCAGGAUUUUUGAAACUCUUGAGAAGAUGAUAGAAACCUUUGCUCAGAAGGAUAUCCACGGUGCAGUGGGAAGCCCAGACAUGGCAAAAGUAUCAAAUUCCAGUGUGACUGAAGAAUCUGAUGUUAACUCUCCAAAACUCAGUGAUUGGUCUCGGAGAGGGUCUGAGGACAUGCUUGACUGCUUUCCUGAAGCUGAUAAUUCUGUUUUUAUAGAUGACAUGAAGGGUUUGCCAUCCAUGUCAUGUAGAACCCGUUUUGGUCCCAAGUCUGAUCAAGGAAUGGCCACAUCGUCAGCUGGUAGCAUGACUCCUAGAUCUCCAUUAUUGACACCAAGGACCAGUCAGAUAGACUUGCUUUUGGCAGGGAAGAGUGCCUUUUCUGAGCAUGAUGACCUUCCACAGCUGAAUGAACUUGCUGAUAUUGCAAGAUGUGUGGCAACUACACCUCUAGAGGAUGAUCGCUCCAUUCCCUAUUUGCUAACCUGUCUUGAAGACUUGAGAGUUGUCAUUGACAGGAGAAAAUCUGAUGCGCUUACAGUGGAGACUUUUGGGACACGAAUUGAGAAGCUUAUUCGAGAGAAGUAUUUGCAGCUUUGCGAGCUAGUGGAUGAUGAAAAGGUUGAUAUAACAGGUACUGUAAUUGAUGAAGACACGCCUCUGGAAGAUGAUGUUGUUCGAAGCUUGAGAACAAGUCCCAUACAUUCUUCUAAGGAUCGAACCUCCAUAGAUGACUUUGAGAUAAUAAAGCCAAUAAGUCGUGGUGCCUUUGGACGGGUGUUUUUAGCUAAAAAGAGAACAACAGGAGAUCUUUUUGCCAUAAAGGUUCUUAAAAAGGCUGAUAUGAUCCGCAAGAAUGCCGUUGAAAGUAUACUAGCGGAACGAAAUAUUUUAAUUACAGUCCGCAAUCCCUUUGUGGUUCGCUUCUUCUAUUCAUUUACUUGUCGUGAGAAUUUGUAUCUUGUGAUGGAGUAUUUGAAUGGUGGUGAUUUGUAUUCAUUGUUGAGAAACAUGGGUUGCUUAGAUGAAGAUGUUGCUCGUGUAUACAUUGCAGAAGUUGUGCUUGCUUUGGAAUAUUUACACUCACAGCGUGUAGUUCAUCGAGAUUUGAAACCUGAUAAUUUGUUGAUUGCACAUGAUGGGCACAUCAAGCUGACGGACUUUGGUCUUUCCAAGGUUGGUCUCAUCAAUAGCACUGAUGAUUUAUCUGGUCCAGCUGUUAGUGGGACAUCCAUGCUCGUGGAUGAUGAACCUGAACUAUCUACUUCUGAGCAUCAACGAGAAAGGCGGAAGAAACGUUCUGCUGUGGGUACACCUGAUUAUCUGGCACCAGAGAUACUUUUGGGAACGGGACAUGGAACAACUGCUGAUUGGUGGUCUGUAGGUGUUGUUUUAUUCGAACUGAUUGUUGGUAUUCCACCCUUUAAUGCGGAGCAUCCCCAGGUUCCUCUGCUGCCUGACUGUCCCUAUGCGGAAUUGGCAUCUAUUUACAUGGCGGACAUGGGUCAGGGUUGGUUGCAAAAUUGUUUCAAACACUUGAUAAUAUUUGAUAAUAUUCUCAACCGUAACAUACCUUGGCCCCGGGUGCCUGAAGAAAUGAGUCCUGAAGCACAGGAUCUAAUUGAUAGAUUAUUAACUGAAGAUCCUCAUCAGAGACUUGGAGCUGGUGGAGCAUCAGAGGUGAAGCAGCAUGUAUUCUUUAAGGAUAUCAACUGGGACACACUUGCCAGGCAGAAGGCUGCAUUUGUGCCCAGUUCAGAGAGUGCAUUGGAUACUAGCUACUUCACAAGUCGAUACUCAUGGAAUACUUCAGAUGACCUAAUAUAUCCAGCCAGUGACUUUGAGGAUUCGAGUGAUGCUGAUAGCUUGAGUGGAAGCAGUAGCUGCUUAAGCAAUCGCCAUGAUGAAGUGGUAGAUGAAUGUGGAGGUCUUGCUGAAUUUGAGUCUGGUUCAUGUGUUAAUUACUCCUUCAGCAAUUUUUCUUUUAAGAAUCUCUCCCAGCUUGCAUCAAUCAACUAUGAUCUUCUCUCCAAGGGUUUGAAGGACGAUCCACCGACGACUAAUUCAUGA